GGGACCUCUGUACGAGGUCCCUAUCAUGUGAUCACUGAUUGGCCAAUCAGUGAUCACAUGCAAAGUAGUAAGCAAGAUGGACAUUUGUAUACAAUGGAUGGUGUUCAUUCAUGUCAUUAAUUGUGUACUUUUGUGUUGGUCACAGUGAUCACAUGGUACAGACCGGGCCAAUCACAGCCCAUCUGUACCAUGUGAUUAGCUGUGGCGAAUCACAGCUAAUCACAAUAGUACACACUGGUAGAUCUCAUUCAGAAAAAAAUGAUAAUUUA